AGUAGUAGAUAGAUAGAGAGAAAGGAUAUCAAGGAAAGAAAGAAGAAGGGAAACAAGGGGUGCUGCCAAUUUUCGUCCAGUAGCAGGACAGCUUGUGGGAAGGACGAUUCUGGACACUUGAGCCGUUGGAUCGUUCUGAUAUUUGACGGUUUUGUUCCAUAUGUCCUUUUCUACGAUUUGACUGUUCGGAUCAUUGUUAUAAUCUCUGGUUCAUCUAGGAAUGUCGCUGGACAGAAGGGGUGCGACAUUGCUUUCCUAUAGCAGGACAUCAGAUUAGAGGUAAGAUCUUGUACGAAGUAGCCGUUGGAUCUUUCUAGAAAUUUGGUAUAAUGUUAAGUAUAUAAGUUUAUUUGAGUUGACCGUUCGGAACUUAGUUUUGAUUUCGGGGUGGUCAGGAACAAUUGUUAGAACUAGGGGAGUUGGAUUGAAGUGAGAAUAAAGUAGCUGACAGUUUCGAAAUGUCAAUUUAAAAUGAUUUCUGGGCUCAAAAUACUGAUCCAAAUGGUCUUAAAUUUGGAUAUGUUGUAGCCCUAUGAAUUUAAUUUCAGUAUCAACAAGAAUCAACUGAUUUGGUUAAGUAUCAAGGGAGAAAUGACCGAAAUGAUGAAGCCGGGUAAAGUGUACGGUCGUAUGACUUCCCUAGUGGCCUUAUCGACAUGCAUGAACAAAACCAUGAUUUUGAUGACUGUAUACAUAUCUUGGUGCUUGAAUAACUUGGAAAUCUUGUAUAUAAAGGUAAGGAGCAAGCCGGGGGCUCAUCCAAAGGCAAGGGUAUAGCCGAGUGAAGAUAAAACUGUGAGUAGAUUCUAAUCUUAAAUCUACUUCAACAUAAUAACAGUAUUCGGGUCAUGAAGCGGCCCGAAUACAUAUCGGGGUCAUGAAGCGGCUCCGGUAUAAUAUGUGAAUUCAUGGGAAAUUAUAUGGCUAGGUGAUAUGGCUUAUUGGUGUUUAUUCCUUAUUUGCAUUUGGUAUGAAGUUGGAGAUGCAUGAAUUGUGGAAGGGAUAUGGAAGGACAUUUUGUUAAUUUAUUGUGUGGGUUAUGAGUAAGUAGUCGAGCUUGCGAACUCGUCCUGUCUACUUAGAUUUGGAGUAAGCCAUUAGGCUUACUAAUCCUGUUUUGCUUGAAUAACUCGGAGUAAGCUCCUCAGUGUACAUUUCAUUCUGCUAUGACCGAGGGUGCAAAAGCACUAUGAAUGCUUCUAAGCCUAUAGUGUAUAAGUGAGCCUACGGGUUAAUGAUUAUUGACAGGUGUCUAAGUGAACUAUUAAUGAAAAGAGGUGAAUACAUAAGAAUAGGAAAAAGGGCUUCGUGAUGCCUCGGUACAGUAGUGUGUCCUGUUUGUAUCGAUAGGGGUAAAUCCCACGAUACUCCUGUUUGAGCGCUCGUGCUCCGCACCGUGCCGAUUGGGUGACGACCCACGGUACUCAUGUUCUGUUAAGUUAGCCGGGCUGGGGUAAUCCCGUGGCGACUCCUGUUUUCUAUCGGUCCGGGUUGCGUCCCGCGAUACUCCUGUUAGUGCGAGCACUCCUGUUUCGUGCCUUGUGCACUCCUAUUUAUAACGGACUGGGUUUUGUCCCGCGGUACUCCAGUUAUCUGAUUGCUGUACAUGAUUACCCUGCAGCCUUCCACUACUGUACCACCCGGGGAGGAUAUCAUUUAGCAAAUUUGAAAGUGAAAUUGUAUAAGUAAAAUGUCUCUGCCUGUCAUAUGUUGUAUGUGUUUUGACUGUGAUGGGAUGUGAAUAUGUGAACUUUAUUGAUUCAGUGGAAUGAAAAGUGGGAUAAACAACUUAAGUCAUGUUAUGUGCUAGGGUGUUUCUGCCCGAUAUUGUUUUUGUAUUGAUGUCGAUCUGAGCUUAGAAUUUAUUCACUGAGCGAUAACUCAUCCUCCGUCACCAUUUUUCCUCAGAUCAAGAGCAGAAGUAAGGCGUGUACUGUAGAUAUCGGGACUCAAGCUUGAAGGGAAGCCAUGAGGUGGGCAGAGGACUCCGAACUCCUUGAAUGUUUUAUGUUGUGUGGAUUUUGUAAUAAAACAGACUUCCCCGGUUUUCUGUUUCGACUCUAUUGAAAAUGUAAAUUAUGGUUUGAAGUUCGAAAAAAAAUACAUAUAUAAAGCUCGGGCCCGAGAAUGUUUAAACUCGAUGUUUUUUUUACUAUUUUGUUUUGUAAUGUAAAGUAUGGGUGUUUUUAACAAUGCAUGUAGGAAAGUCCUUGGCGGACCUAGGCGCUAGCAUAAAUGUCAUGUCCUACAAAUUGUUUAAAAAGCUAGACCUAGGUGAACCUAGAGCUACUAGGAUGAGCAUUCAGUUAGCUGAUCGCUCCAUUGUGCAUCCUAGGGGUAUCAUAGAGGAUCAGCUUGUUAAAGUAGGUGCAUUCACAUAUCCUGUUGAUUUUGUUAUUCUGGAUAUAAAUGAGGAUGUGGAUGUGCCUUUGAUUUUGGGUAGACCAUUUCUCGCCACCGCCAAGGCACUUAUUGAUGUGCAUAGUGGUAAACUGAUCUUGCAUGCUGGGAAUGAACAUGCUACUUUUUCUGUGUCUGAAUUAGAUCAUUGUGAUAUGCCUGCUGUCACACCUAUGCAUGCUAUUUCUCACCAGGUUCACGAGCCUGUCGUGUAUCCCUCUGUGCCUCUCGUUUUGCAGGAUCCCCCUCUCACGCCUUCGCCGCCACCCCCUUCAACCUCAUCGCCAAACAAAAAGAUCAAAGAGGAGUGGCGGCCGAAGCAGCAGGUAGCUAAGCCUGCUCGAAAGAAAGGUGGAGACCACUAUGAGCUGGUCCCACCUCCUGCACCAAGACCACCUUGUCCAUUCGAGUACUCACUCGCUUGCAUCCUGCCGGAUGGCCAGGUCGAGCUGACAAAUGCUGGUGGUUGCACCCGUCGGGUGCAUGGCCACCAUCUAAAGUUAUACCUCAAGAGCAAUGUGGAUCCGCUCUUGGAGGCACAUGUUCCUGCACGCCUCUAAGUAUCCACCAUGGGCGUCCAGCUAAAAGACGGUAAAGAAGCGCGGGUGGGGAGGCAACCCCACCACGAUUUGCAUUUCUUUUCCCUUUUUCGGUGUUUUUUGUGUCGGGUCUUGUGUUUUGGUUUCUUUUCUUUUCUUUUGGAUGAUGUACUAUUGGGCUGACCAUUGGACCUAACGUAUUGUGUUUGAGUUCUUUUGUUCCCUUUAGCUGUGCUUUGUCCUGACUGGUCCCCUCUCUAGUCCGCUUCACUCAGACUGGUCCCCUUCCAGUCUCAUGCAGUCCGUGCACACCGGUAACAUCGUUCCCCUUAUCCUUCCCUCUUCUCCAUUGAGGGCAAUGUCGAUCUUAAGUGUGGGGGGAUGUUUCUCUUUUGACUGCAUUAGAUCUGUUUGUGUGCUUGGAGCCUAGUCCACUGUCCAAAUUUCUAUUUGAGGGCUCCAAUCACGUGUUUCCUUGCAAAUUGCCUGCUCAGUAUGCUUUGAGUUGACAGUCUCUAUAGUAAUGUGCAACCUAGGGAGGUAGUGUAGCACUAUGGAGGAUGUUGAAGUAUAAGAUUUUUCCUAUCUAGCUCUCUGCUGUGCCAGUUGAUUUUGUGAAUUAGUGGAGCUAAGAUCGUUGAAUUCAUGUGGUAAUGGUGACUCUGUUUGGAUUGUGUUAUGGACUCGUGUAUCGAACAGGGUGCUCAUGUGGAAAAUGGAAAGCAGUUGGUCCUCCAUGUCAAAAUCAUUGAAAUCUUAAACAUGGGGUAAGCCCAACGUGUGUGGCACCAUUCAUUGCACAAAAUCGGGUUUUGGAAGGGAUUUUAGUGAUCCUUAGUGGGGUACUCCUACAAGGUGAAGCUAAGUUGUCUCUAGUACAAGUAAAACUUCCACCCGUUGAAUGGUUUGCCUACUUGAGGAUGUGUUUUUAAGGGCACGGAUAGAGCUUCCGACCCCCCUUAACUUCAUUGACCCUCCACACGAGUCGAGGAAAAGGAGUUAAAAGAAGUACUCUGGCGAGCGCCAGAUGUACAAAAAUUACUCUUGCUCUACUAAUAAGGGUCGACCGUGCAAAAGACUGCAGCUGGAACCCCCGCUAAGUGAAUGAAAAAAAAACAAGAGAAAUGUAAAUGAAAGGUUCAAAAAAGG